CUGCUCAGCACACUACAUUCCCGUCCAUCCCGUCCACACAUACAUCUGCCUUCCCGGAUCUGUUCUCGCUCGGGCCGACGAGCAUAUUGGUAGCGCAACGAGAGACGAGGAUUGACAUGGCGGAAUGUUCACGACGACAGAUCCGCCGAAGCGCACGUGCCGUGCCUCUUGUCCGCCACCUCAGCCCAGGCGUACUUCGCAUGCAAACGCCGCGGGACACCAGCUGAUCCAUCGAGCGGCCCAUGCACACGCCACUGUUUCGCAUGUUCGCACGAUCGCGCGAUCGCACAAUCACGCACGCACCGUGCAUGACGCUCACGCUCACGUGUCACUGCCACGCUACAGGCACUCACGUGGUGUGGCCGAAGCUUAACAUGGUAUCGGCGGAUUGGCGGACUGGCGGACUGGCCGAUCGGCGGGUCGGCGGGUCGGCGGGUCCGCGGACGGAUCCGCGGAAACACCGAGAUUGCGUGAAAGCCGCGGCAUGGCCAGCAGACCGCAGACACUUCCGGGCGCCAAGCCAGCUCCGAGGCCUGCAUCCGCUACGUCCCACUACCCGUACAACCAGGCUACAACAGUGCGCUCCACAACCAAUCCCGACAACUACUGCGAUCCCAGAUCUCGUGCGCGAAAAAUCCCUUCGUUUCUGUCCUGUCCUAUCCUGUCUUGUCCGUAGUGCGUAAAGUGUUCAAACCGAGUCCUGUACCGCGGGCUUGCGUUCGACGUCCUCGACGUGCAUGCUGUCGUACUUUGUGUCCAUGUCGACGUGGAGGCCGUUGACGGCGCCCGUGGCCUCGCGCAUCGGCUCGUCGUCUUCGCCCGCGUCUGUGAGGCUGAUCCCGUGCUUGCGC